UUAGUUAAAUUAUUUUUUGUGUCAAUGCCUAUUGGUAGUAUUCACUGAGAAGUGUAAGGUUUUUGACAGUUUGCCACUUGUUUGACGGGACGCUCCGGGGCGCCGUCGAACCACAUUCAUAGAUCUGUCAAUUUAAAGUAAUCUCGCUUUAUAUCUGAGAAUAAUCAGCACAGUUUAUCUGUUUAUAGGUUUAAGUAAUCCGUAGACUUUGGUGGUUAAUUCGGCAUAGAAAGAAGAAGAACAUGACUUGAAGAAAAAGUUUUAAAAAAUAGUUUGCCAUUGCUCCAUCAAUUGCUUUUCAGAUUAGGUGAACCAAAUUCUAAAUACGUUCUACCUUGUGUAGUGGUGCAAUAUGAAAUUAAGAAUGGAUCUUUAAUAUAACCUCUUAGUUGACAUGUGUCUGUACUGUAUUUGUAUGUAUGCAACCUAUAGCUAUAAUACAAUUUGUGCCACAAAUCUCUCCAUAUGAUUUUUGGCUACAGAAUAAGUGUUUUAAGGUAAAUAUUAGCAAACAUGUUCUGUUUGGAUGUGACAACUCUUUGCACAAGUUCAAUUGAAGUAUAGUCUUUUUUUUUUUAAUGCGCUUGACCCUUUACCUGUAAAUUUAGAUUUGUAUUUGUCUGAUUAUUGAGCGCAGGGAAAACCAAUGGUGUGGUUAAUGCAAAAAUAGCUUGCUACAUGUGUGUAUUUCCAAGUGAAAGUUGUGUACAUGUUUGUAACCCACACGUGUAGCUGUGUGUCUGCAAGCCCGGGGUCAACUUACAUCUUUUUUGUGAUAUGACACACUCACAAAAGCAUGCCAUUGUUUAUAGGAGAAAUAUUUAGGUGGGGGGGGGGACGGAGAAUGCAAAGCUGUUUCCUGCACAGGGGGUCGACAAACAAUGGCCGCCACCUUGGAACAGUCGGUGGUUCUCUCUGCAAGUCACUUCUGAGGAGCUAGGAUGUUGAAAGAAUGGCUGAGAAAAGAGAAAGGGGGGAAAAAAUAAAGUUUUGACACAAUGGAGAACAGGCAGUUCUGUAGGUUUGAAGGAUGGGAGACAAUGGGAGGCCAGAUGUGAACGUUGCAUAAGACUCGAGUUGGCAAGGUCAAAGACUCCUUCAAGUCCUCCAGUAACUAAUAACACGGUGAUAUGAGUGCUUGUAAUGCUUGGCACAGGGUGGAGUGUAAACACUGUGAUUUACCUGUGUGUCACUUUUGUGCGUUAACCGUAACCUUCAAUUUAUUUUGGCAUGUCUGCAGUUUGUCCGUGUGUCUCUUCACUGCUGUAAAUAUUUAAUGGCCGGUGUCUCUGGUGAAUGAAUAUUCCUCAACCGCGUCAGCUUCGUAACUGAUCCUGUUUGGUGGCCUUUUGUGUUUCCAUGCUGCGGUACAAGUUGUGCUGACUGGCGCGUGUUUUUUUUUUUUAUCCCACGUCAAGGCAUUGAAAGCAUGAGAUUGCACAAAAACUGUAACAAAUGAAAAGUAGCUUUAUAUAGAAGAGGACCCUCAAUGUCAAAACAAUCUAUUUCCACAAUGUACUCAUCUGUCUCACUAAAUGAUUCAUCUGCUAAUGUCCCCGUCUUUGUUUGCCUCCAUUUCAGAUAAAAGCAGUGGAUGCAACAUCGCUCCAUUCAUCGAAGAAAGGUGGAAGAGUGGGAGAGGCUCUGAAGAGGACCAGCUGACCACCGGCAGAUACACCUCAGCUAAAAUUUCCUCCACGCCCAACCUGAAGCGUACCAUGUCCCUCGGCACGUUUCAGCUCAUGCAGACUCUUAAGAACUCUCCUGCUGCGCUACGUCGCCGCUUUCGCCGCGACCGCACAGAGUCUUUAUCCCACGGUGACCCUCUCUUUAAGGUCCACUAUCUGGGCACGAUGAAGAUCUUCUCUCUGGAUCGAGAGCAGGCCCAGGACGCUAUUAGCCACUUGCUGGAAGGUAUUGCUAACGGGAAGAAACUGAGAAAAGAUCACGCCCUGGUGGUGCGCCCGAGAUACGUCGAGGUCAAGGAACUGAGUACAGGUCGGCAGCUCACUAAGACGUACCUGCAGGACAUUGCGUACUGUGCCGCGGAUGCCAACCGGCCCAAUGUCUUCCUGUACAUCUGCAAACAUCAGGGGCAGCAGCUGCAGUGUCGAGUGUUCUGGUGCAGCCGGGCGGAGCGGGCGCGAGACAUGACGGCGUGUCUGGCACAUUCUUUCCAGCGGGCGCUGAGCGACUGGCAGCAGGAAGGCUCGGCCACCCUGCAGCCAGGAGAGGUGAAGGGGAAAUGCGUGGAAGAGUCGCCCAACUCUCCCGCCAACACAAAGAGCGCCACGCUGCCUGCCAGUCUGGGAAAAGUUCGCUGGAAGAAGAGGGGCUCUGUGUCUCGCAGCCCCCUCAGAGCCAUCACGAGAAGAGGAUCUGCCUCUGACAGCUGGAACUGAACCCCCCCCCCCAACGCUUUUUAACCCUUUCGAACACGGGACCACAUUAACCUGAUGACAACCUCAAGGCCGACAGCACUAAUGGGAGGGAUUACACGACAGAAGGGAGGAUAAAAGGGAUGUCCAUAUUUGGAUGAAUGAGGACUCUGCUUGUGACAGGAUGUCGCCAUAAUCAGCGUAUGGACUUGAAGCUUUUCGACGCAGCAAAGUCUUUUGCAACAGUGGCGUCCAAUGUAGCAGAAAGUGCUGUUGACGGCGGCCUUUGUUCACCCGUCAACACCUACGUGAGGACUUGUGCAGCCAUUUAGGGAGCAGACUGGAACAUUUCCGUGGCUCUGGUUUUGGUUGGCUUGUUUUUUUUUAAGGAGUCUACUUGAUGCUUAAGCCGCCAAAAGAGUUCUGUUGGAAUCGGACGAUUAAACGUAGCGGCCACAUGCUCCACAGAUGACGACCAAAAACUGUGGAAAGACGACGAGCUUUCUUUUUGAAGGCUGAUUUUUUUUUAUUUUAUUUAACUGACAUUUGUGCCAAGUCAUGAUUUUAUUUAAUUGUUUCUUUUAACCAUGUGGCACUAGUAUGUUGCUCUGCUUUUAUUUGUGAAUGUGAUGAACAAAACCUCCCUUUUUUUUAAUCUACAUUGUGAGCGGUUUCGGCCAAGAUAUGAUAUAGAUGCAGGAAAAAUGCAGGCGUGUCAGACAAACGUAAAAUUGAUUCGUCUGCAAUGCACAAUAUGCCGUUUCUGAGCACUUUCAUUCUUUUUAUUCCAUUUAUGUAGCAGCAGUAACUGCAUUAUAAACAGAAUCCUAACGGUCCACUGCGCUGAAGCAUUUGCAUUUACGUGGAGAAAAGCACACUCAGCCAUGACUCGCGGGUUUGUUUGUGUCCGGACACUGGGAACGCUGUGUUCUCAUGUGGAGCCUCAGUGUGGAAUGCACCUGCUUUCCAAAUGGGCGGGCAAAUUUGAGAAAUGUGCAGCCAUGACAUUGCAUAUUGAGCAGCAGAUGCUACGAUGUGCUUUUAAAGAAGAGCCCCUCCAUUACCAAAGCCUUUAAAGGUGCCCUAACUCCGCGGGUAAAAGUGAGCGGUUAUAGGCAUCGAUAUGUGCCGUAUUGCAUAACGUGCUCUCGUGAUGGCGAUUUAUGGUUUACAAAUGAGAUGGUACCCCCCGAGACGACCAUCAUUUUGUGUUUUCUGACCAAAACUAAGCUAGCGCAUUUUUUUUUUUAAUUGAGGUGUUUUUGACUGAUGUGCCACGAGGAUUUUUAUCAAUUAUUUUAAUAUUUUGUACUUGUGAUGUAUCUUUUCAGUUACAAACGGCGCAACUACAAUCUCAAAAAAAAGGGGGUUUAAUCGCCUGCUUUAAGGCGUACUGUUUUUAUGUACAUAUUUUAUGAAAUAUUAAAUCUUUUUAUACAACA